AUGUCUUUGUUGUCGACUGGCUAUGCUGAGUUGAAGACGGCGUUGGAAUAUUUGCAUCAUGAUGUGGCCGAACGUGCCGAGAAACUCCGUCUACAAGCACGCCAAAGACGAAACAAGGAAGCGCAGGUCAAGCUUGCCAACAUUACCAUCGGCGAUUUUGUGUUGGAUGGUUCUAUUGUCCAGAAUCCCCCAAAGUUAGCCAUCAAGUGGCGCGAUCCAUUUCAAGUCCUUCGGGUUGUUACGGAUUUUGUUAUGGAAGUGCAAGAGUUAAUUCCUCCCUUUGCUGUAUUUACGCACCAUGCAUGUCGCCUCAAGAUGUAUCACGAAGGAGGACGGGAAGUCACCGAAGAUCUGGUCGACCAUAUUGCGUUUGGCGAUGGUGGGUUCCAUGUUGAACGGCUCGAAAAGGUGUGA